AUGGCCUUCUCGAACCCUCCAGGCCUCCUCCCCACCGAAGUGGCAUUUCUCUGCGAAAUGGAACAAGUGACCAUUGUCCCGCGCCAGCGGCUUGAGCGCCUCGACUUACUGGGCGGUACCACACGACCCCUUAUACCUCCACAACGAACAAAUUUACCCUUAUGGCUUGCCAUUCUGUUGAAGCGCCAACGUCGAGCGAAUAUCGUGCCUCCUCCAUGGCUGUACGUGGAAAGUCUCGAAGAGAUCCUGGAACUAGAGACCAAGCAUUUCCAAACCUCGUUCUCCUUGCCUCCCGCGCCCUCCUCGGUGGCCAGACAAACCGACUUCACGGGCAAGUCCUUCUACGCAUCGACUCCGUUCGUGGAAUCCUGCACGGCGUCCGCCGUCCCGAACGCGCUGCCAUAUCACUGGUUCGAAAUGUCAGAGAUGUUGCUGGACGCCGCGAGUGACGAUAUUUCCGAUCCCGACAGGGUACGGCAACUGCUGAGAGAUGUGAGGGAAGUCAGACUGGCCAAGAUGCGCAAAGAGGUGGAACUGUUGUCGGGCGACGGCGAAGGCACGCGCCUAGACGGCGUGGGGGCCAUGGAAUUGGCCGAGUCCCGAGGCUUCCUUACUGGGGUGAUAGAUGGGCUUCGUAAGAUCGAUGCUAGCCGAGAACAGGCGAGACGGGAUCGGGAGGAUGAGGAAAGAGAAAACCGAAGGUAUAACGACGAAGAUGAUGACGACGAGGAGGACAACGAAAUGACAUGA